AACGUCUCUGCUAAGAGUUUUAGCCUGCAGCAUUUUCACCGGCAGCUGAAGCUUUUUAAAAGCUUCUAAAAGUUAUUUAUCUCCAUGUUUUCAUACGAGGGAAUCGGGAUUUCACUAUAAGAAUGAAUGGUAAAGUUAUUGGAACGGGUCCAUACCGGGCAACCAAGCUGUGGAAUGAAACCAUUAAACUGUUCCGUGGAGGCUUGCCGCUGAGAAGGCACUGGGCGAACUUCCGCUCCUAUGAUUGCAGUUUCACAGCAGCUGAGGCUGUCGAUUAUCUGCACGAUCUGCUGAGGCGCAAUUACAACUUUGGGCCCGAAGUGACUCGCUACCAGACUUUGCAGCUGCUCAGGAAGUUCCUCAAGGCUCAUGUAAUCGAAGACAUCAAAGGACGCCACGGGACAGAGGACUUUGAAGACAAUGGCCAUCUGUACAGGUUCCCCCCACUGUCUCCCCUGAAAUCCUUCCCAACAAAGCCUCUGUUUAGAGACUGCAGUGACCUUCCCAGACUCAUUCGUUGGGACGACUACGAAGAAUUACCUCAGCGGGAAAACAUAGCACCGCUGAAGUCUUCUGUCAUGACCUCAGAUCUGUGGAAUAAGAGGCACAGUGUUGCUAUUGGGGAUGUGAAUGAAUGCAAGCUCAUACGAAGGAAGGAGAUAACUACGAAGCAAGUGGACCACAUCUGGAAAUCAAUGACAGCUGAGCAUUUACAGAGAGUGUUGGGCCUAAAGUCACUGGAUGGCGUUUUAAACCCUACGCAUGUGAACGGCAAGCACAUCGUGCACAACGUGUUCAGCGUGAAUAAGACGGGCAUAGUCGUACUGGAGAACAAAGCAGAGGACAUGCCAUAUUGGGUGGUAUCAGCAAUGAAAUGCCUCGCCAAUUGGCCGAAUGGCAAUGGAAGCAAACAGCCGGCGUAUCCUGGUUUUGAGAGGGAUGUUCUGAAAACAGUAGCGGAUUACUUCCAGAGGCUCAAAGAACCACUGCUGACUUACCAUCUCUACGAAGUCUUUGUCAACAUUCUCAGUUUGCAGCAGCAGCAGGAGGUGGCUACUGAAGCUCUGCAGCUCAGCACCCUCCUACUGCCCCCCCCCAACAGAAGACGCAUCCAGCUUCUCCUGCGGCUCAUGGCCCGGGUGUGCCAGAAUCCCCACCUGCCCCCCCUCAAUGACGCCAUCGCCACCCGCACACUGAUGGUGCAGAUGUUCUCCCACUGCGUCCUGGGCUCUGUGGAUGAGAUGGACCUGGACGAGCUGCUCUCCACCAAACUGGUGACCUUCAUGAUGGAGCACCACAACACCAUCUUCCAAGUCCCUGCAAAGCUGCGUAGCCAGGUCCAGGAGCACCUGUCCCACCUGAAGAGGGCUCAAAUCAAAUACGCGGGUUCAGACACAGACUUCAGCUCCUCCCCAGCUUUCUGUAAACAGAUCCGCAGGGUGGAGUCGGAGGAGCAGAGGGUGAUAGGAACGCAGACCCCGCUGCAAGCGCUGCUGGAGGGCCUGAUCGCAGACAGAGAACUCCCUGCCAAGGACAAGAGGAAACGCCUCAAACAGUUCCAGAGGUCGUACCCAGACGUCUAUAACUAUCGAUUUCCCACGGAGGAAAGCAAAGCUGCUGCACUGCCUGAGAAAGCCCCACGACUCAAACCUCACCUCAUGUUCCUCAGGAAACCUUUCCAGCCCUUCCAGAGGAGCUGGAGCUUCAGAGCGUGAGGAACCCCGCUGACACAUCUACUCUCAUGCUGUACACACAACUCUAACUCAGCGUCAUGAGGAGAAGACUGUGGCUGUAACGGUACUCUGGCCAUACAAAUAAUGUUUAAAAAGACUGGACUAGGCUGUAGCACUGUUAACCUAAGAUAAUACUGUAAAGGGUUGCUUCACACAAAUACACUUAAUUAUAAUAAUAAUAAUAAUAAUAAGACAUCCUAACUGUUUUACUCUUAGCACUAUCUGAGGGUGCAUUUACACGGGAACGCAAACGAACCGAAUUCGAUAUCAAAAAAGUAUUCCGUUCACACGGAUACAGCUCAA